GACGUGUAAGUAGUGGGAGGGGCUUAUCUGUGGAGAGCAGCUGCAGACCCACAGCUUUGUCUCCAGCGUUUCACCCUCAAACUACCCCACAGUACAGAUUACAGCGAAUAAACCCCGAGAUAAACACCGCACAGACCCGCAGAUAAACAUGAGUAAGCGCAAAGCCCCGCAGGAGACCCUGAACGAGGGAAUCACCGACUUUCUCAUCGAAUUGGCCAAUUAUGAAAGAAAUGUCAACAGGGCCAUUCAUAAAUACAACGCCUACAGGAAAGCUGCCUCUGUGAUUGCUAAAUACCCACAAAAAAUCAAAAGUGGCACUGAAGCAAAAAAGCUGGAUGGAGUUGGUGCAAAGAUCGCUGAGAAAAUAGAUGAGUUUUUAUCCACAGGGAAACUCCGUAAACUGGAGAAGAUUCGCAGUGACGACACCAGCUCAUCUAUUAACUUUUUAACUAGAGUGACUGGAAUCGGCCCGGCUGCUGCUAGAAAGUUCUUUGAGGAAGGAGUAAAAACUUUGGAAGAUCUGAAGAAAAUUGAGCACAAACUGAAUCACCAUCAGCAAAUUGGUCUUAAAUACUUUGAAGAAUUUGAGAAGAGAAUUCCCCGCUCAGAGAUGCAGAAAAUGGAGGCUCUGAUAUUACAAGAAUUAGAGGAGUUGGACUCGGAGUACAUUGGCACCAUCUGUGGCAGCUACCGACGAGGCGCGGAAUCGAGUGGUGAUAUUGAUAUCCUGCUGACUCACCCGGACUUUACUUCAGAGUCUGAGAAACAACCGAAACUGCUUCAUGCAGUGGUGGAACACCUGGAGUCGAUUGGCUUUAUUACUGAUACUCUUUCCAAAGGAGACACUAAGUUCAUGGGUGUGUGUCAGCUGCACAAGGAGGAUGAGGAGGACGAGGAUCAUGAUCACCGUCGUAUUGAUAUCAGACUGAUUCCUAAGGAUCAGUAUUACUGUGGUGUGCUGUACUUCACUGGGAGUGAUAUAUUCAAUAAGAACAUGAGAACCCUCGCUCUGGAGAAAGGCUUUACUCUGAAUGAGUACACUAUCCGUCCGCUAGGCGUCACUGGAAUGCCUGGAGAGCCGUUGCUGGUGGACAGUGAGAAGGACAUCUUUGACUACAUUCAUAUGAAAUACAGAGAACCUAAAGAACGCAGCGAGUGAAGAACACAACAAUAAAACUGAAAUACGCCGGUGCUCUUUCUCGUCUUCAGGGCCGUAUAUAUAUUAUAUUAUAUUGGUAUUUAGUUCAGUUAUAGGUUACAGUCUUUCUUCAGAAGCAGGUGCUGCGUUUAGGGUUUAGGGUAGAGUUGUGUGUUGUGAAUGAAUGAGUUAUGAAACAGUAGCUGAGAGUCUGAAUAAUGUAGAAUGUGAGACAUUUUUAUUUCAGAUCAUGAGAAAAGUGAUAACGACAGAAAAAAACAGACUGAAUGCAGAAGAACUUGACGACGCUCGUCAGUGAGCUGUUAUUUACGUAUUUCUGGAUUUUUUUAAUGUUUUCUCAAUAAUUUGAAUACAUUAUACAAGGGUUUUAUGUUAUUUAAAAUGUUUGUCAUUUUUUAAUGAUUUGUUUUAUCAUGUGUAGAAGCUCUGCAUCAAGCUGUGACAAAUGGAAGCCAUUUAAAAAAACUUCUAUCCUUCACUCACUCGCAGGUUUAAGUUACUGUUACAGUAUUUUUUUGUUUGUUUUAAAAAGGUAAUUUUCUUGUUUUUGGGAUGAUAUGCUUUAAUAUUUGUUAUUGAUGACUGGUUUGUGUGAAGAGAAUACAACGUGCUGAAGAAAUGAUUAAACACGAGCGUAAUCGAUCAUGUUUUAUAAGCGCAGUUGAGUAAUAUGAGCUGAGUAAUAUGUAAUGAAAAAAGGAAGUGGAGAUGAUCAGAAUGUUUUAUGGUGCUAUAAACUGGAUGUUAUAUAUUUAGUCUGUUUGAGGAAGUUACUGAGAGCCGGAGAUUAAAACACUCCUUUGCUAUUUUUACCCACAGUGCUUUGGUGCUUUUGUUCACAUGAAAACACUAUCCUGUACCUCAGGGCUGGACUCCAGAGUGUGGCUGUGUGGAAGAUCUGAGUACAUCUGUAUAAAAUAAACUUCCUUGCUGAAACAAAAA